GCUCGAUUGAAUAGAUGAAAAUUCUUUCACUAGUUAGGGGGAGGGGUGUCGUAUCAGUAGUGUAGGGGAAUUAGGCUACGGUUAGACGAAGUCGGCGACAUUGGUUGCGUUAUGACAUCGCUACAGCUCACCUGCACAGUCCUCAUCGCUCUGACUCCCUCCCCCCAACUGACCACGUGACGUGUCAGCUGCUUCUGGAAGGCUUGGCGACAUAACAGACGGUUUACUUCCGGUACAAGGCUAUAGUCUAGCCAUGGACCAAAAAAUCCCGUAUGAUGACUACCAAUUGCCGGUGGUCUUUCUUCCCUCUUAUGAGAGUCCUCCGGCCUGGAUCGCCCCACAAGAUCGAAUCCACCACCCUGAUUACAACAACGAGCUGACCCAGUUCUUGCCUCGCACCAUUAUUCUGAAGAAACCACCCGGGGCACAGCUAGGCUUCAACAUCCGUGGGGGAAAGGCCUCUCAGCUGGGCAUCUUCAUCUCAAAGGUGGUUCCAGACUCCGAUGCUCACAGGGCAGGGCUCCAGGAAGGGGACCAGGUGCUGUCAGUAAACGACGUGGACUUCCAGGACAUUGAGCACUCCAGGGCUGUAGAGAUUCUGAAGACAGCCAGAGAAAUUCUGAUGAGAGUUCGCUUCUUCCCUUACAACUACCAGAGGCAAAAGGAGAGAACUGUCCACUAGAUGGCACCAGAUCCCUCGCAGCGGCUGUGUGAGUCAUGGAGUCCGUGGCCUUGGGAGGGAACGUGGAUCACAGCCUUCCCACGGUCCACUUCUCUACCAUUUCAGCACAGCGAUGACACAAACACACUGACGCACCGACUUCACACCCCUCUGUACACACCGAUGCCUUGCAGUGACUAAACACGGAAGAAUUGCCGUAUUCGAGCGUGUUCCGUAUUCUUUUCGGCGAUGCUGUGUCUGUGUGGUGAUACAGACAUGGUCUGUGUGGGCAGAUUCGGUCUCACUUCGGACACAGGUAUUUCAGUAUAUGUGCGUAGCACUGACCAACAAGAACCACCACUCUGUAGUCAUCAACUGUUAGCUGACUGAACAUGAACUAGGAUAUAGUGGUACAUGCAUUAUCUAUGAAGUUAUGCUGAGGGGAAUUAUUUGGUGAAAAAGUCAAAUACCUGGGGGCAUAUCAAGUCUGCUUCAAGUCUCUUGAACAUGCCUUAUAAAAUUAAUUACAAUACUCCAGUGUGUGUGCGUAUUUUAAUAUUGUAAUAUUUUAAAUAUUGGAUUGGGUAGACGCUGCUAUUUUGCUUUUAUGUACAAAUGCUUUGUUGCUAAACUUUAAAGACUUGUUAACGGUUGUCACUGCAGUAACGCAGAUUUUACGAUUACCUACUGAAGAUAUUAGGCCUCCAAUUUCUGUUCGCCAUUUAAACGUUUCAAAAGUAUGAAUUGUAUAAAACAGUGCAACUCCUACAACUGGAUACAGAUAAGAAUCUGGACUAUUAAAUUAGUUUGACCUAUUUAACGCCAAUGAAUGUUGUCUCUUUUUGUUUGACUAAUCGGUUUCUUUUAAUAUUAGAAGGGCUUGUAAAAUGAAAUAUUACAUACAAGUCUACAGCAAGACAGACCACAAGCUGUAUCAUUUUUAAUUUAUUGAACAUUCUAAUAAAUAUACAGUUACUG